AGCUUCGGCACGGUCGUCAAGGUUCAAGGUCGUUCCGCCUCCGCUUCGAGCAGCCCCUGGCGUGCCGCGCCCUGACGGCCGCCUGCGGGCUCGUGGUGCUCGCGCUGGGCUGCGCGGCGGCGGCCGCCGCGGUGCAGAGGCUCAGGGGGCGCCGGCGGGAGCCCUCUUGGGUGGUCUUCGCCUUCCUCACGACGUUAGCAGCAUAUGCGAUGGGGCUGAUACUGGGUGACCUCAACUACUCGACCAACUUGCACUGGUACUACAGUACCACGACGCUCAAUCAGUACCGGGACGUGAACCCGUCCCGCGGCCCAGGCCAGCAGUUCACCCCCGGUCAGCAGUUCAUGGACGCAGGCCUGGUCUACUUCUCGGAGAACGCCACGCUUGACCUCAGCAGGUCCAUGGGCUUCAGGGAUCAGGACACCUACUGCGUGGCGCCCAUCACCGUCAAGGAUCUGGAUGCGGGGGUCGUGCUGCCGCUCGAGGUCUACGACUUCUGGGCGGUGGGCCUGGACUGCUGCUCCCCCAACGCGGCCGACUUCCACUGCGGCGAGCACCCGAGCCCGCAGGUGCACUCGGGCCUGCGGCUGCUGGACGACGGCCAGCGCGCCUUUUUCCGGCUCGCGGUGCAGCAGGCCCAGGCCGUGCACUCGAUCACGGCGAGGCACCCGCUGUUCUUCUACUGGACCUGAGAGGCCUCGCCCCGCUUUCCUUCUCCGCCCCGGACUUAAGCCGGGCAUGUUCCGUACAGGAGGACUGUUCAAGACUAAGUAGUCAGGUGACGAUGUGUCGUGCUCUUUUGACUAUUUUUGAUGUUCCCCAACCAUCUUGUGGUGUUGUGUCCUUG